AUGCAUGAAGUUCCAAGGGCCUUCAAGAAAAUGCGACCGCUGCACACGUGGCCAGGUGUUCAUCUCCCUCGUUUCCUCUUUCACCUGCCUCCUCCCCUUCUAUCCAAUUACCUCAUCCUCUCCGCAUUUUUACCCCUCCUUCCCCCUCACACACGACACACCCGACCCUUUCUUCCAGGCCUGGGUAACCAGCUGCUCUCCCUCGUCUCCUCCUUUACCUACGCCCUCCUCACCAACCGCACUCUCCUCAUCAACCCUGAGUGCUUCCCUGCUCGUCUCCUCUGCAACCCCUUCCCCUACUCCUCCUGGGCUCCUCCCACUCUCAACAGGGGAUCCUUCAACCACAUGAGGCUGAGAGCUGAGAAGAGGCGUGUGGGUUACAAUGCGUUUCAAGAACCAGGUGCACCUGAAGCAAACACCACGGAUGACGAUGCUGCUGAUGCUGUGUUCAGCAACCUCAAUUACUCAGUGAAUGACACAGAUCUCAUAUUCUUCUGCUCGCAGGAGCAAGAGAGAAUCGCAGCCGUCCGUUUCCUGGCUCUGCUCACAGAGGAGUACGUUCUGCCUGGCUUGUACCUCGUGUCCGAAUUCGAUGCUGACCUGGAGCGCCUAUUCCCCGACCGCCUGCCUUUGAUGCACGUGGGGCGCUACCUGCUGCACCCCGCCAACUACCUCUGGGAGGAAAUCACCCGCGCCUUCCGAGCCUACCUCGCCCCGCACCAACGCAGGGUCGGCAUCCAGAUCCGUGACUUCACCACAGCCACCAGCAACGAGGGUGAGGCCCUUGCCCGUGUGCUGCACUGUGCUGUCAACAUCUCCCAUGGGCUGCCCCCCACACUGCCCCAUGAUCAGUGGCGACUUCUGGCGAGCAACCAGAGCGCAGCCAACUCAAGUGAUAUGGAACCAAUCUGGAAGGCAGCAGGAGCCGGCACUGUGCGCAGCGUCGGUGUGUUGGUGGCUUCACUAAAGCGCUCCUAUGUGGAUGCAUUACACGAGGCAUAUGUGGAAGGGUUACCACUGGAGGGUUACAAUGUUGCAGUUACCAGUUUGAGUCAUGAGGGCGAGCAGAAGACAGGCGAUCUGCUGCAACUGGAGAGAGCUCUCAAGGAGAUGUGGCUGCUCUCCAUGUGCGACCUGCUCCUGGUGAGUGACAGCUCCACCUUUGGGUACAUGGCAGCUGGGCUGGCAGGGGUGAGUCCCUUCUCCCUCAACAUCGUGCCACGGAUGAAAUCUGACUGGCUGCACAACGGACGGCCAGCAUGCGUUGCUACGACUCCAGAGGCCUGCUAUCUGACUAUGCUAGACAACAAGCAACAACAUGUACAGUGUCCAGGCACUGCGGCUUCCCCGCCUCCCGCGCCGGGCUUGCCGGCUGCCCCAGGCAUGGCGUCGUCCAUCUGCCCGUUAACAGGGCUGCCCCCCAAAAAACCCACCAUUCCGAUUGCACGUUGCCCGGCCGCCAAGGACCAAUCAUGCUGCGACAACUGUACGGAUAUGAGCACGGCUUUGCAGCUGGUAGCAUCAAGUCUAAAGGACGUGGUGACUCAGACUGACCCCACCAUCGCUGAUGGGAUCGAUUCUAGCAUAGCGGUGUGCGAUAUCUUCAUAGGCAUGACGCCAUGCUUGCAGCUCCUAGAGGACCUUGUGUGCGGGCUCUCCUGCAACCCUAAUGCUGGGUCCUACGCGACAAAAUCCAACACGGGGGUGAUCAUGAACGUGUGCUCGGAUCUAGCAGACAAAGUAUUCGCACAGUGCAAGGGCCUUGCUUUCGGUGACAUUUCCCUUUCAGGACUGGUUACCACAGCUGACGAAUUCAUGAACCUCAUUGUUACAAACGUGGUCAAGACACUUGGAGUCGAGGGCUUUGAGGUCCAAAUAUCCUCAUCACCUUGCUUCAACGGCACUGGCGCAUAUCCCCCAUACACUGCCUGUUGCGAUCCUCUCGACGUGCCUGCCACCUGUCCUGCCAACAUCACCGCAAAAUAUGGCGGUCGUAUUGUGGGCGAUGGUAUGGAUCUGACGGGGCUCAUCACCUCUUACCCGGACUUCAUGAACAUCAUCGUGGCUAACGUUGUCAAGUCCCUUGGGAUUGCCAACUUCAAGUUCGAAUUCACUACAACUCGCUGUUUCACUAGCAGUGGAGUCUACCCCGCCAACAUUGCCUGCUGCGACCCUCUCAGUGUCCCUGCCACCUGUCCUGCCGGUUCGGUCAACACCACCGAAUACGCCGAUCUGAUUGGCCGAACCAUCGACCCAGCCAACUGCGCAGCCUCCACUCCUUCCGCCCCUCCCUCCGCAUCUGCCCCUGGUUCAGCCCCCCUGCCCUCCCCGCCCCCAACUGCGUCCCCCUCCACAUCUCCGCCGAAGGAAACCACCCCCUCCCCACCGCCGCCUAUGGUUACCACCCCCUCCCCAUCUCCUGCAGUUUCUCCCCCCUCCCCUUCCCCGCCCUCGUCGUCUUCCUCUCCUCCUACCCCGCCUGCUCCUGCAUCUCCCAAAACAGGCUCGCCGUCCGCUGCUUGCUAUGCAUCGGUGGUUAGAUACCUUAUUUAUGGGGCUGUGGCUUUGCUUGUGCUUUAG